GUUGCCAAUGGCCUCUGUUAAUUAACAGCCGAGUAGAUUUCAAUUGAAAACAGUUUUUUUUUUUAAUUUCCAUUUUAUUUCUUCAACCAAACGGUAGGGGCAUUAGGGUUUCAAAUCUGGGUUGCGUGGUUAGAGAUUGAGCUCAGAUCUCCUCCAUUUUUCUUUCAAUUCAUGUCAUUGUGAUUCUAUCAGAUUUAUACAUUGUCAAAGAAUUUUAUAAAAGAUUUAUGAAAACAGUUUAGAGGCAAUGUUGCCGUCCAGGUUUUCUUUGUUUGGUGGUGGGGGGUCAGAUAAAGGUAAUUCUGAAGAAGGUGAUAAAAAGGGAUUGAAUCCGACACUAAAACUGCAGACAGAUAGAGAUGUAUAUAGACCUGGAGAUUCUGUUUAUGUUACAAUUGAGAUCUGCAAUCCUCUUACCAGUGGCUAUUCUGGUAGUGUUGUACCUUCGCUUUUGAUUGAAAAGCUUGGCUUUGAAGUCAAAGGGAUCGAGAAGUUGGACACUCAAUGGUUUGCCACCCAAAAACCAGUGUCUGGAACGAAGCAAAGAAGAGGUGAACAUGUUUUUCUGGACUGUUCAACACAAUCAAUCAUUUCAAAUCAGAUUGUGCCGUCUGGCUCUGCAAAAACUUAUCUGGUACGGGCUGUGCUUCCUAGCCUUGUACCACCAUCUUACAAGGGUUCUACCAUUCGUUAUUUAUAUUAUAUAAAGAUUACUUUGUUUGUUCGAUGGCUGAUACUGGAAAAUGGUCACUCCAGCAAGGAUUCAGUAGAUCUUACUGAAGUGGACGCUCGUGUCCCUUUGCAAGUAUGGGUAACUCAGAAAGGAAAUGGUUUGGUGAUGAAAGAUGGUCAAAGUGAUGGUAUUGUUCCUGCUACAACCAUCCAAACAGAUAUAUACUGGAAAGAGAUUGAUGGUGAUUCAGAUUGGGCUAGAGUGAGUGACCUGUAUGACAGUAUUGAGGAAGGGUAUGAGAGCUCAAGGGAUGAAAUGUCUUCUGUUUCAUCCUUUAAUCCUUCAAAGGAACAUCUUUAUAAAACCUUGAGUUCCCUAUCGUUGCAAUCGUCAGCAGCCAGAUCUUCAAAUAGAGAUGGUCCAUAUCAUGAUGGAGACCAUUUGAGUUUAUCUUCAAAUGUAGGGCUUCCGCGGUUAUCGAUAGCAGAGGACUUGAAUGAUUCUAAUCCUGACAUAUCAUCAGCCAUAUCUCCAAGACAGAAGCGCACUUCCACAAGAUCACUAGCUGGAAAUGAUAAAACUGGGAUAAAUUCUGCACUCGGCCAGGGAGCUACUGAACCUUUAGCAUCAGAAGGCUUUAUUCGAGGAAGGUCGUAUAAUAUCAGGAUGGAUGACCAAGUUUUGCUAAGAUUUUCCCCUAAGAACUCUGAGUCCACUUAUUACUUCAGUGAUAUGAUAGGCGGGACUCUUACUUUCUUUCAUGAAGAAGGUGCUAGAAGAUGCCUUGAGGUUUCAGUCACGCUGGAAACUUCUGAGACAAUAAGUCGUCGUUUUGUUCAUCCAUCUAGAAGGAAUUCCCCAACAAUUACCAAGGUCCAGAGUGAUCAUCAUGAGGUUGUUGCUGAUUUGAUACAGACAAGUUUUCUUUUUUCUAUUCCCAUGGACGGUCCCAUGUCGUUUUCCACUUCUCAUGUCUUGGUGAAAUGGGUUCUAAGAUUUGAAUUCUUCACUACUCCCAAGAAUGUAGACUGGACAAGAUAUGAGCAUCCUCUUUUAAUUGAAGGUGGAGACAAAUGCGAAUGGGUUCUUCCCAUAACAGUGCACGCACCUCCGGCCGGAGCUCCAGUUGUUACCCAUUCACGGGGUGAGAAACCUCUCUCCAUAGAACCCAUGUGGAUUCAUAGUUGAAGGUAAACUUGUUUCGAAUACGUUAGUGGCUGGAUUUCUGCACAGCUUCAAAUGCGGGUAAGGAAUUACUUGUAAUUACGCAGUCUCUCGCUACAUUUACCAUUGCAAAGACAUGAGUCUUGCAUAAUAAUUCAUCGGGAGUUCUCCGGGAGUUUUGAACUCGGUUCCUCAUUUUUAUCCAGUAAUCGUUGUAUAAGACGUUGAUAUUCGGGUUUUGUCGCCCGAAAUUGCAUUAUUUUGGAGUAGCUGGUGUAAGUCCUCUUAUUGUUGGGAAGCAAA